AUGAAUCUCAAUGCUAUUCGGCCCAGGGACACAAGUCACACUGUGUCGCGAUGCUACAAUAUUCCCGUUCUAGAAAAAGUAACUCUAGACCAUGAGGAUCACAUGGAGCACGAAACAACAUCAAUUACUACUAUACCAGCAACCUCGCGCUCUACUCGACGCGCCCAAGAGGACCAUGAACAUGAACGAUCCAGACCCCCCACAAGCGACCGUCACCUAGGUAGGAGCACGCGCCACAGCACACCACCACCACCACCAGUGGACCACAUACAGGCCAUUUACAAAAAGCUUGAAGAACAAGUACAAGAAACCAGCGAACGGUUCCAUGCUCAACAUGCCCAACUUUUUAAGUUGCAAGCACAGAACGAGGAGGUACUGGUUGAAAGCCAGGUGGACGAGAAAGCUGCCACAGCAACUCACUCGCAACAAUCAGCAACUACUAGUAGUGUUGCCGACAGCACCAAUGACGACAUGGACUUCUGA